UGGGUUAUAACUGAACAAUUGAAGGUCUAAGGUUGCCACCACCGUCAAACUACAUUUCCCAUAAUGCACCAACAAAAUGGCUGCUGAUCACAAAUGAAAACACCUGAACAGGAAUGGUAGCUCAGUCUUCAAACAAGCCAAGGAACAGCACAGCAAGCUCUACUCAAGAGUUUACUCCAAAGACACCAAUGGUUAUCAACCUGACGGUUCAAGCAUUGGUUGAUUAACUUGAAACCAACAAGUCUAAGUUGGUAAAUAAAACUCAACGAAAGGUGAAUCAAGAGUUGUCCCGGUGUGUCCUUUUGGAGUGGAACUAGAGUGGAACUUAACAGUUGAUAACCAACGGAGCAGCCUGGAGUGGAAGAUAAAGGGCUUCAUACCAGAUAAGCUGUGGACGGAAAAAGGAAAUAAAGAUGGCAGAAGAGGUCUUGGGGAAGACUGUCAAACUACUGAAGCAGGAGAGGACCAUUGCAAAGAGCAGCUUCACCAAACUGGCCAACUUCAUUUCAAGGGGAGCAAACACUAUGCUGAGAGCCGAAUUAAAGGAGGAAUUUGGAAAACUUUCAGACCGGUUCAGGUCAGUGCUUGAUUCUAAUGAGGACUACAGGAUCGGACUGGAGGCUGACGUCAAGGCGGCGGAUAAUGAAGCAGAACUUGAUAAGCAGCAAGAAACCGACAUUAAGACAACCAUAAAAGAUGCAGAAAUUAAAAUGGAGGAGGUAAGGGACAUUGUACAAACUAACAUGUGGGGAAGAUACGGAAAGAACGAACUUAGAACAUCGAUUCUUGAAGCAGAAGAAGCAAUUGAUGAAGCUGACAGAGUUCAAGUCAGAAGUGACAAUCUAGAAGGCUAUGAAGUUCACCUCACCUUAUUGGAAGAAAAGAUAAACGUAGCCAUCUCAGCAAUGUCUGAGUGGGAGAGAUGGAUCCCCGAAUCAUCAAAAGAUGAACUGGCUGGGAGACUUAAAGAACUGAGAGCAACCCACAACAGGCUACAAUUGAGAAAAGCAGAGUUUGCCAUAUCAAGGAGGCUGGCUGAUCAAGGCACAAGUGGGAAACCUGUCCAACCACCACCCCCUGUUGUGAAGAUAAAACCAACUACUUUGCCUGUCUUCCAGGGAAGUAAGAGAGAGUUCCACAGGUGGAGAAAGGACUGGGAGAGCCUGCAAAGGCAGGGGGAGCCCACUGGCUCACCUGAAGUUCUGAAGAUUCAGCUUCUGGAGAGUGUGAGCGAGACCAUUGCAAAAGAAUUAAGACUUUCAACCUAUACAACAGCAGCUGACAUGUUCAGGGUCCUGGACAAUAGAUACGGCAACAAGUCCACCAUUACAGUUGAAAUCCUCGAAGAACUAGACAAUAUGCCUCCAGUGAAGGGGAACCAGCCGAGGAAAGUCAUUGACCUGAUUCAAUCUGUGGAGAAGGCACUGGCAGAUCUGACAGAGCUGGGAACGUGGGAGCCAUGA